AUUAUGUCCAAAGUUAAAAGCAAGCAGAGAACCCUCGACACGAUCCUUAACAACCUUAAAUGUUACCUCUGUUUGGAAGAUUUCCAGGAUCCGCGCCUAUUAAAUUGCAAUCAUAGUUUCUGCAAGGAAUGUCUAGAUGGUUACAUCACAACAGUUUGCGAAGAUGGAGUUUUGGAAUGUCCACUAUGUGAUUCUGAAAUGAAAGUUCCAGAAAAGGGAGCGAGAGCAUUGAGAAAAAACUAUUUUUUCCAACUUCAACGACAGAACAUUGGAGAAUAUUGCCAUGUAUGCGGCGAAGAAGAAAUGGCGAACAAACAUUGUAUCGAAUGCAAUCAGGAUUUUUGCGUGACGUGUGUUAAAUCUCAUUCUGGGAUGACUGCGACAAGGGAACAUCACAUGGUAAAGGUCGGACGAAGUCCUAACAAUGGGAAAAUCAAGCACAAUCUCUUCUGUAAAAUUCACCCUGAAGAGAGACUCUUGUAUCAAUGUUCAGUAUGCAAGGAAUUGGUAUGUCAACAUUGCAAUGCAACAACUCAUAAGCAACACGCAUCAAAGUACGUGAAAGAUGUUGCAGAGUCGUGCAGGAACAUGCUGGGGGAUAUUGUGAACUCUGAUGAGUAUGUCAACUACUUGUGUUGGCUGGCCGAGAGAAAAAUGGAAAUAUCACAGGAAAUAAAUCGUUAUAAAAGAACACAACAAUCUGCUGAGGAUGAAAUUCAGAAACACUCGGAGAUGCUGCAUCACCUUGUCGAAGUCGUAAAAGGCGAACUGUUGGGUAAAGUCAAAGAACAGGUGAAAGAGAAAGUUAAACCAAUCAAAGGCAUAAUCAAAGAUUUGGAUCGAAAAACAAUGUCCUCUGCAGGAAUCUUUCAGUUUGCUAAAAAUGUCAGUGCACAGGGUGAUGAUAUUGCAGUUGUUGAAUACAGUCAUAAAUUGGUAGGGAAGCUAGAAAAGAUGAAAUCAGACUAUUCGAUUCCAACAAUCAAAAGAAGCGACCUGUUUUACUUUGAUCCUAAGGUUGUCGAAGAAAAAGAUGUUAGAUUGCUUUUUGGAAAUGUGAAACCAGGAUUUCCAAUUGAAAAUGAUCCCAGACCAGAAUUGUUGCAUGAUUUUGAAAUAGAAAACGAAGGCUCUGUCGUUUCAGCAAUACUUCCUCUAAGUGAUGGAAGAGUCUGGGUUGUGGAAGGUGCCGAGGGAGCGCUGAAGUUAUACGACAAUUCAGGAAGAGUCCACAGAACACUUCAUCUUGGUCUUCCAGCAGACGAUAUCACAUAUGGACCAGAUAACACAAUCUUGGUGUCAUGCAAUUCCGGAAAGGUCAUAAAGGCUGUUGAUAAACAACUCCGACCUUCGACAAUGUUGUCUACACCCGCCUGUGCACGUGGAAUGGCUCUUGAUCAAAAGAGUGGAAUUCUUUACAUUUGUAUGACGGAGAAAAACGCCUUCUUCGACCAUGAUGUAACUCAUCACAAUAAGGUAGUAAAGACUUUAACAGGAAAAAACAAACGGUGGGAAAUGCCAGACAUUUUGGAAUUUUCGACACAUCCAACUGUUGAAUAUCCUGCAAGGGUAGUUGUUACCCAGAAGUCGUACAUUGCUAUUUCGGAUUGGAAAAGAGAAUGUGUCACAGUACUUAACAAGAAUGGACACAUUGAGGCAGAAUACUAUGGAAUGAAAAAGAAUGCCGAAAACUACUUUAACCCGCGUGGACUUUGUAGCGAUGAAGACAAUGGGUGUGUAUAUGUUGCAGACUAUAACAACAGCAGGAUAAUGAGAAUUGAUGAAUCAGGACAAAUGUUUGACAUUGUGCUUGGUAAAGCAGAUAAAAUUUUCAAACCAUGGUCAGUUGCCGUGGGCCAGGACGGUUCUUUGUGGGUUGGAAGUCAGAAGGGGAAAAUAGGGGUGUAUUCCCUAAAUGGCUAAAGUCUCAAUUGUAAUCUGAUUUUGUAGCGUAUGUUACUCUAGAAGUUGGAUUUUCGUAGCGACAACCACAUCAUGGGCUUGAGUUAUAUGCCAAGAAACACGAAGCAGUAUUUCUUUUAAUAAGAUCGGAUAUACCUGUUUACCUUUGUAAUGCAAUGGACAUACCGUCUUCUUCUUUUAAAUCCAAUUAUUGAUCAAAAAUCACUAUUAAAAAGUGUUCAACUUUGAAUGAAAAUAAC